CAAUGCUGUGUAACCUUCACUAUGUAAGUAGUACUACCACGCUUCACAUGCACAGAACGCCCAUCCCAGAUCCCUCUGUUGCCUAUUUCCCUUCAAGUUUGUGCUCGAUACAAUGUCCGAUGGCCUCCUGACUGUAUUAUGCACCUCCUGCUGUGGGUCAAACCGUUCUAAUAGUCCAUCUACUUUUGAACUUACACCAAUAAUUAGGCGUGAUGGGGAGUUCACUUCAGCAAUGGUUUGAUACCCGUCAGUCUUCCUUGAACCAUGUCGUUCUUAUCGGUCACAACUUACAAUGCAUACUUUUGGCAUACUUAGAUGCAUUAGGUGCUAAUUGCCAAUGUUGUAGUGGCCCACGCGGGUGUUGUAAUAGUUGUUUUGAGUCGUCCUCGAACGAGGACAAUUUUGAUGAACAGCUCAAGAAAGACACGGAACGCAGAGAAGCUGCUGCUCGACGACUUUUUGAUGCUCAACCUGCGCCCACUCAAGACAUGAACUGUGAAAGCUCCACAGACAAGCCAGCAGUCCCUUCGAAAUAAGUGUAAGGUCGUGCUGUUUCUAAUCUUCCGCACAUAUCCGAAAUUGAUAGUGAACCUCAGGCCUCGAAUGAAAUUCGGGAAAUUCCCCUUAUCCUCGAUAUGAUAAUUGUGUUUCACUCACAGAAAGUCUAGCUAAAUUAUGGACAGUCUGGCCCAGCGCAAGUCUGUCACAGAUUCUAGGCCGGGGGGUAUUUUCAAGU